GAUAUGUAGAGAAACUGCCCCAUUAAAAGCUAUAACCUUCAAAAUCUCAAAUACUACAAGCGUUUAAGUUAGAUACAUGUAUCUAUCGCAACUCGAACUUUGUUCCUCUAGUUAAUCAUCCCGAUAACCUCAAUUCAUAAUACUACACAUGGGAUCUUAAUAAACUUUGAUUUAUUCAUCGCAACAGAGCUAUUCGGAUGUUCGAUAAGCAUCUAUGCGCCUAAACACAUAGCUAGUUCUUUUAAAUUCUGAUACUACACUUCAAGGAUGGCGACUCAUACUGCUAUGGCCCAAGGCAGCGAUGCCUCAAUGCGAAGCUCCUUGGAACAACGCCUUGGCAUUCUUCAUUAUGUGUCGGAGAAGGAGCAUAGAUGGCAUGGCCAAGUCCGUACAAGAUUCACUGAUUUUCAAGUCCAUGAGAUCAGUAAGAAUGGUGAAGUGGUCCAUCUGCAUGAUUUCCAGACAAAUGCAAGGGAAUUGGCAAAACCUACUCCUGAUCAGCCAACAGCAAAGCCUCAAGUUGCCAAGCCAUUAUAUUCUGAAGAGGGUAAAACCCUCACAACUGAUACCGUUGAUAUUGUUGCCGCGAACGAUACGGCAUCUCAGCCAUCAGCCAGUUCGGAGCAGCCAAAGGAUGGAGGAAGUUCCACCACUAUAUCCGUAUCCGAUCAGACAGUUCUCAUAGAUCUCCUUGGUCAAAGCACUGCAGAAGGCUUAAUUGACUUAUAUAGCAAGGCAAACGAAAGCACGAAAGCACAACCUAAAACCUCCAAAUUUGUGACGAUCGCAGCAAUAACUGAUAAAGCCCAGAGAUCCCGGGUUCAUUCAGAAAUUCGUCGCAUAUUUAGCGGAAAACUUGACACUGCCACGGAUUCGGAUGGCUCUAUUAAAGCAACAGUUGUCACCAAAGGUAACCAGCAGUGGGGUAACCGCUCAAGGAAUGAUAGGUCUAGAAAUGAGCGAUCCAGAAACAGCGGCCAGAAUGGCGGCCAAGAUCAAGACGGCAAAUUUUUACAUUUUACGCUCUACAAGGAGAACCGAGAUACGAUGGACGCGAUUGGUCAAAUAGCCCGUUUUCUAAAUCUCAAGCCCGCCUUCUUCGGUAUCGCUGGCACCAAAGACCGCCGUGCUGUGACUACCCAGCGGGUCAGUAUGCGGAGACGGAAUCCUCAGUCACUAGUUUCUCUUAACAACGACAAGAUAUAUGGCGUGAAACUCGGAGAUUUUAAGUUCGAGCAGCAUUCUAUCCACCUGGGACACCAUAGCGGGAAUGAGUUUGUUAUUGUUCUCAAGAACUGCUACUUUAGUGACACGCAAGACCUGACGUUUGAACAAAAACUCGAAGUUGCAGAUACUACCAUAAAGACAGCAUUGGAGCAGGUCACUCGGAAUGGUUUUAUUAACUACUAUGGCACUCAGCGAUUUGGUACACAUAAAAUUGGAACUCAGGAAAUCGGCAUGAAGAUUCUCAACCGUGAUUUCGAAGGCGCUAUACAAGCUCUACUAUCUUUCGACCCUGCUUUACUAGACAUCUCCGACCCUAGCUCUGUCGAAUCGAUACGUCGUGAGGAUACGUAUCGUGCACGGGCUUGUUCAAUCUUUUCAGAGACCGGCAAGUCGCAGGAUGCGCUUAAGUGUUUACCCAGAAGAUGUCAUGUCGAGUCUGCAUUGAUGCGUCACCUCGAUAAACAACCCAGGGAUUUUCUUGGAGCGCUCCUUUCAAUUGGUCGUGGGAUGCGUACGAUGUAUGUUCAUGCAUACCAAUCUCUAGUAUGGAAUUUUGUCGCAAGCAGACGCUGGGAGCAGUUCGGCCUGCAAGUAGUCAAAGGAGACUUGGUCCUCAUUGGUUCCGAAGCUUCUACCUCGUCAGAAGACCGUCAGAACGGAAACGGCGAAGAAGACAUGAUCCAUCUUAUGGACGGAGGAUAUUUUGCCGAGGAUGCACGCGGGUUGAAAGUACAUGCACUAACAGAGGAAGAAGCUAGUGGCGGGAAGUAUUCCAUCUUUGACGUCGUAUUGCCGUCUCCGGGUUGGGACGUCGUAUACCCGGAUAAUGAAAUUGGACAGUUCUAUAGAGACUUCAUGGCUAAGGAGGAGAAUGGCGGGCUAGACCCUCAAAAUAUGCUCCGGCAACAGAAAGAUUUUAGCCUCCCUGGAUCCUACCGCAAGCUCAUGGGCAAGUUCAUUGGCACACCAGAUGCCUCUGUCCGAACCUACUUGAAUGAUACGGAACAAUUAGUACCGACUGAUUUAGAUCUAAUACGAAUCCGCAAAGCUAAAGAAGCAGCGGAUCGCAUAACCGCUCAGCGAGAGGCACCAGGACCACCCUCAACGUGGCAAGGCUUUGCCGAUAAUGUACGAGAUAGUGAUCUCCAAGAAGCUCGAGCCAGGUCCGAGAGACGAAAAGCUGAAGAGUCUACCGGCAUGCCAGAGACUCGGACAAGAGAUACCUGGGUGCAGACUUCAGUCAACGGAAGUAACAAACGAGUUAAAGUUUCUGAGCAAACAGAUGAUAUCAAAGCAGAGAGCGAGAACGGUAUCUCGCAAACUUAUGAAGAUAAGAUGCAAGUAGACGCAGAUAAGGCAGAUCAGCCAAAUACAAUCGAAGGGGUGCAGUCGGCAGGCCAGGAUGACAGAGACUCUGGCCCCUUACUUGUCACCACCCUUACAUCACAGUCUUCCGAGAAUACAACUACGUCCGAGAUUCAACCCGAAGGGCAGACGUCGAGGCCCACCGCAGACCUACCUAGCACCACCAGUCGCCAGAACGAAGCAACAAAGUCAUCGGGUGAUAGCGUAGCCGAAACAUCUCAUCAUACUGAACCCCUAGGUGACAUCCACGACGGCGAACACAAAGCGAACGAGUCGGACCAGUUAACCAAUGCCACUACUACUGAUGAGAAGAAAAUCGCAGUGAUCCUUCGCUUUGCACUAAACACUAGCCAGUACGCAACUAUGGUUCUUCGAGAACUUCAAGGGGCGACCCCCGCAAGCGAUGACACGGCUAUUCUAGAUUCUCCAUCGACCUCUCCCGACCAAGAUAUUGCCAACACCCUAUAACGAAGGGAUCUAAUGCUAGCAUUUCACUGUUAUGAACCCAGUCCAUUUCGCACUAUUCUCUCCAUUUUACCUAGAAGUCCCUCGGUUUUUCUACACCCGCAGGUAGUUUUCUUAGCCAAAACACACGAGAUUAAUUGGCAGAGUGUGAGGACCUAGAAGCAUUCAUAACUUGAUCGUGUUUUGAUGUUCCUCCGU